CCGCCCGCCUUCAGCGCCAUCUUGCCGGCGGCGGGAGGAGCGGAGGAGCACGCCGGUCCGGCCCGGCCCGGCCCCGCCAUGCCGCACUACCAGGCCUGGGAGGAGUUCACGCGCGCUGCCGAGAAGCUCUACCUCGCCGACCCCAUGAAGGUGCGGGUUGUUCUCAAAUAUCGACAUUGUGAUGGGAACCUCUGUAUCAAAGUAACGGAUGAUGUGGCUUGUUUGCUGUAUAGAACAGACCAGGCGCAAGACGUAAAGAAGAUUGAGAAAUUCCAGAGUCAGCUAAUGCGACUCAUGGUGGCUAAGGAAUCCCGCAGUGCUGCCAUGGAAACAGACUGAAUUGCUGAAAAUAAAACGAGUGCUCCAGUCAUAUUUCACUGGAAGAAAAUAUCUCUUGGAUUUGAACGAAUACUGGGACAGGAGAUGCUUUUGUGUACUGAAGUGGACCGAUGACAAGUCUGAAGCUUUUUUCCCCCCCCAGAUUCCGCUUUGGAAAACUAGGAAAAUAAAUGCUUUCAAUUGAAAGCUUAUUUAUUUUUGGGAAUCAAACAAGAAAACUAUUCUUACACACUAGGUAUGCUAAGAAGACAAGUAAAUGUUUUACAUCUACAGAACUUUAGUGUGAAUUUGAUGGGCCACAAGCAUAUUUCUGGAAAGUUACUAUAAAAUUUAAUAUAGAUUUCAUUGUGUUCAUACCUUAUGCUGAUGUACUCCCACAGUGAGAAGGUUUAUUAACAAGACUAAUACUGUAGCAUGAUGACUAGAUCUAAUAAUAUUUACAUAAAUGAUAUACAUCAGUGUGGUGUAGAAGAAUGGAUGUUUUCAGAGCUGAAAUGUUAAAAUUGCCAAUUUGUAUUAGCAGUCACUAGCAAGAUUUUAGCUUUUAGUAUUGAUCUUGGUCAUAAGCUGUGCAACAUCUGUGAUGCAGUUUGUAGAACUGUUACAUUGGCUGAAUAAUUAAACUUCUGUAUUUUAAAAAUUAAAGUAAAACUUUGCUUGAAUAUUGCUAGAGAUCAGUGAAAAACUGGGAGUUUAUUUUCUGCUUAUGCAAAUACUGUUAUUAAAAAAAGUCAGUGGCAUUUUUCCAUACUUGACCUAUUUUAUACUAGCAGGGGAGCUUUUCCCACCCUUGCUUCAGGCAGGGUUGAAGUACAUCAGCAAGACAAAUUCUAGAAGCUCUUGCCUAUUAUGUUAACAGAAAAAAUGCAACCAAACGCUAUCCAGAUUCCUUAUUUUAGCAGCUUGCUAACUGUGCAUUUUCAAAUGUUACAUGUGGCAGAUGGAUGUCAGCCAAAUAAAUAAAUGGAUGAAAACCAGCUUAAUAAACACUUAAAUACCACUGUCAAAAAUAGACCAAUGCUCCUGUGGCUUAGACUUGUUUCUCAUUGUUACCUCUGGUAGGGUGAUGGAAGCCUUAAUUGUCUUUUGAAAAGGCUUUUUGCUUGAAAAACCAGUAGCUGAAAUUGAUACUUGCUUUGACUAGAUCUUGCAUACUUAAAACCAGGUGAAUAUUUUAAUGUAAUUAUGCUAUUGGUAUAGCUAGGCUUUUCCAGGACUAAUGUUUUGGGUUAAACCAAGCCAUGACAGUAAAGCAGAACCUUAGAGAGACUUGUCUGUAGUGGCAUUUAAAUAUAACAAAAUAAUCUACUUAAAUAGCUACCUGCUGUAACUUACAUAAAAAGAAUUGAGCUACUCGGAAGCAGUGGAGUUCCCACAUUUGCCAAAGGCUCGGAAAAAAACCUCAGGCUUGAAUAUUGCAUUAGAGUACCCUCUCAGUUGAACAUAUAAUGUUGCAUAUUGUUGGAAAAUCCUGCAGUGCUAAAUUCCCAGUUACUACUCAAAUUAUAGUCUGCAGGAGUGACUGGACUGGUACGUAUAUAAUGCUUUUCUUUUUGUAUUGGCUUUUGAAAUACAAAUAAAUCCAGAGAGAAGGCUAAACUUUGUUCAUAGUUUAAUAAGAUUCUAGUAACGCUGAAAAUUUUCCUUGAUACUCUGAAUUAUUUUCUUAAUAUUUGCAAUAUAGUAUACUAAGUAGUUAAGCCAUUUUUGUCUAAAGCAUUGUUCUGCAGUAUGAAUGGUUGCUACACAAAGUCAUACAAGUGAAGGUUUAAGCUGUUAAAUUAGCAGGUGAAAAGGCUGCAGCUAUUUUAGUGUAAUUUUUGGACAUCUUAUAGAUUGUUUUGCAUGUAAAUGUCUUCUGUGAUCUGAGGUACAGAAAGGCUUGAGUGGUAUUUGCUUGGAGGUAUUGUGCACGGAGGACAAAAAUAAAAAUAGAAGGCUGUAGACAGAACCUUUGUGUACCAAGUGGC